UCCAAACUUUUGACUGGUACUGCACCUUUGCACUGAACGCUGGUUAUGAUAUGACUGAUAUGAUAAGAGGUAGAUGGGCAAGCCCCUCACUGCUACAUUCAACAUCCCUUUGCUUUUUUUGCCACUAGACAAUAAAAUGUAUAGACUAUACAAAAACCGCCCCGGAUCAUUAAACUAUUAUGUCUUUAUUUGCUGUGAAAUGUUACGACAAAUUCCUUGUGAAUAAAGGGGGCUGAGCUUGCCCUGUUAUGGUGUGCUACACGGGGUUGCUGGGUUGCAUCAUUGCAAAUAAGCGCUAUAAAUAGGAUUACGUCACCACGACCCGCCCACCUAUUAGUAAAUGCCUUGCAAGAGCGACUCACUAUAAAAGAGGGUGAUGCAACGCUUCAUCGACAACUGUAGCUUUCUUAACAGACAGAAGAGCCUCACAACCAGGAGCAGAAUAAAGGCCUUUCAUUUCUUCACUGAAAACAUAAUCAGUUUUUCAUAAUGAUGCUUCAGCAUCCGGGAUUCAGCCUGUCCGACAUCAGCGCGUCAGCCUUGGUACCCUGCCUGUCCCCGCCUGGAACACUCACGCUCGAGGACUUCACCAACUUCACUCCCCUGGUAAAGGAGGAGUUGCGACAUUCUAUCCAGAACAAGCGGCUGUCCAACGGACUGAGCACCGAUAUGAGCGACUGUGCGAGCUCAAGUUCAGACAGAACGUCUGAAGCUCCAAGUGUCAAGAGGGAGAAAAUCCCAGAGGAAAGUGACAGGAGGAAAAGAAGACGAGAAAGAAACAAAGUAGCUGCUGCCAAAUGUAGGAAUAAGAAGAAGGAGAAGACUGACUGCCUUCAAAAGGAGUCUGAGAUACUAGAGUCAGUGAACUCUGAGCUGAAGGCACAGGUUGAAGAACUGAAAAACCAGAAGCAGCAGCUGGUCUACAUGCUGAACCUCCACCGGCCCACAUGCAUCGUACGGGCCCAGAAUGGCCAGACCCCCGAAGAUGAGAGGAACCUGUUCAUUCAGCAGAUCAAGGAGGGUACCCUGCAGAUGGAACAGCUGGACCACCACCACACCUCAGUGCCAACCACCUGUGGCCAUCACUGAUCCACACACUCCUGGGGGAAGUAGGGUACUACUCACUCACUCACUCAGACAGAUGCUCACUGUCCUCUGGCAACUGUACUGUACCUGCGUCAAGUGAAGGCUCUGUCGGGCCGGCAAAGGAGCUUUGCGCGUCCCACUCUUAAACUGGACAUGACAGCACAAGGACGGACACCCCAUGUGCUACCUAGGGUAGGCUUGUGGUGUUCCGGCAAGUCGGCGAAUGUCAAAGCACUAAAGCAUAGAAAUACAUUCAAUGUGUUUAUUGUUUCCUUAAAUCUUUUACAUUGUUAUUCGAGGUUGAUGGCUCAUUCUGUUUUUUUGUACCAAAGUAUUACGUCAAUGUGGUAAAGGCACAUGAUUCACUGGUCAGUUGAGAUAGAUGCUUGUUGAGGAAAAAUACAAUUAAAGUGGAGAGAUAGUAAUGGCUGUGGACUGUGUGUGACAUUAAUAGCCCUGUUAUUACUGUCAUAUAAGAGAAGAGGUUAAUCAUUGUGACGUGUUUGCUGUUGUGUUUAUUGAAUAUAUUCUGUCGUAGCUGUGUCUAUAGCUCACUUUAUUCCCCCUUGACUUGCCUAAAAAAAAACUCUGAAGCUGCUACUACUAACUCAGGAUAUACAGGUAUAGUUCAUAUCAGAGGAACCCUCAUGUUAUAGGACAGUAAAGGGAGUGCAUGCAAUGAGGAUUUAUUCAGACAGCAUUUCAACUAACUUACUGACAAUGGCACUGUUAGCCCUGGACCUCCCUAAAUGAAAAUCAGUCAUUACAUCACUGUAAACUGGUGUAUUUGGAAUAGGCCCUGAUUACAUAAUGAUCUGUAGUAUUGAAGAUAUGGUUGUGUGAUUCGUAUUAGAAUUUCUUCACCUAGAUAAGUCUGUAGUUACUGUAUACCAUAUACGUAAACCAAAUAACACCUAUUGUCUUCUGUGUAUUAUUGAGGCUUAUAAAAUAGACCCACUAGGUAUCAGUAGCUAGAUAUCUAAGUGGAAUUAUUUAUCACUCUGCUUGUCUGAAGUUUUCACUUUAAAGUCAUGGAAGAUUACAUGAAUUGCCUCAGUGUUCGUCUGCAAUUACUAAGUCCUUAAGCCCACUGCCAACCCCCCCCCCCCCCCCCCAUCAGUCCACUGUUUGUGCUGUGACAUUGUCACAGGGCAGUUGCACAACCAGAAACUCUGGUUAGCCUCAUUGCUCAAACUACACAUUUUUGCGAUCAACAGUAGCUUUUGUCUGUAUAUUCUGUAAUGUCUCAAACUAAUCCAUGUGUGGUUUAUGGUAAGGGACUGUUUAUUUUGGUUUGUUUGUGAGUAAACGGUUGAGAUGAACACGGUGAAAGAGAUUCAGGUGUCCAUGUGUUUUGUUUUUUGUUUUUAUUUCAGUGUUUCGUGUUCAAACAGGCAUGCUAGUCAUGGAUGGGGUCACUACUGAGAUCAUUAAUUUGAUGGAUAACACGCCUGUUUUAUACUUCAAUAAUUUCUUGCUUUUCUAUUCCACCAUCCAUUUCUUUGUUUCACUUGCACAUUGUUCACUAAUAAUUAUUAUUAAGUGUGUUUGAGUGGAUGUAAAAGAUCAAAUUGUAUCAAGUCAGGUAAAACUACACGCUGAAACAAAUUAAGUACUCAUUUCUAUUGUCUGUUGAUUUUAGUUUUUGAUACUUUAUUAAUAAAGGUAUAUAUAUAUACUUCAA